AUGCAGCUCAUCACAGCACAUGUCAUGAGCAAGCACCUUUCCUUAUCUUCUUUCAGCUUUCGGGCACCUCAAGACUCCCCCGAGAAAGCAAUUCCGUCAAGAAAACUCCCAUUUCAAACCUUCCUAUCUUUCAAUCCAAAAAAACCUCUAUCCUUGAAAACCCAUCUCCCAAUCAUGCAGAUCUCCAAAACGCUUUUUGUGUUUUGCCUCAUCUCCUGCCUUUCCAUGACAUCUUCCCAAGAACAAGGCGCAACUGCCUAUGAGAUGCUUGAGAAAUUCAACUUCCCAAGAGGCAUCCUUCCACAAGGUGUAAGAAGCUAUGUCUUGAAUACAGAUGGCAGCUUUGAGGUCUAUCUGGAUGGAGAAUGUAAAUUUGGGGUGGAAGGAGGGUAUUCUUUGAGCUAUGGGAGGAAGAUUACAGGGAAAGUGAGCUUUGGGUCCUUGAGGAAUCUGAAAGGGGUUAGUGUGAAAGUGCUCUUUGUGUGGAUGGGCAUCACCGAAGUGAGCACAGGCAAUGGGGAGCUUGAUUUCUACGUGGGCCCGCUCUCGGCAUCUUUCCCACUUUCGAAUUUCUUGGAUUGCCCGCAGUGCGGAUGCGGGUUCAAUUGUAAAGACAUUGUAUCGGAUUCUUAG